AUGCCUGUCCUUGGUCGUGUGAUCGUCGUCAACCUCCCCGAGUUCAUGGAACAUAUCCUUAAAACUAACUUGGGGAAUUAUGUGAAGGGCGACUUGUUCCGUUGGGCCCCACAAAUAUCCUCAAUCGUGGGCGCCUUCAAGUCGAGUGCGCAUGCGUUCUGCGAUGUCAUCGAACGACAUAUCAAUGCCAAUAUUCCCAUGGAUCUUCGAGCCCAGUUUUUGAAGCUUACUCUGGAUGUGUUUGGCAAAUUCACCUUUAGAAUCGAAUUCAAGACCCUGUCCCAAGCAGAAUCCAAUGAUUCAAAGAUACAUAUGACUUUUUAA